ACAGACACCAUACAAUUUACCAUCUUACUUUUUAUAGUCGCGGCCGCGUGGAAUUUUCGUACGCUGGGAUUUCGUUUUUCGUCUGCUGUGAUCGAGUUGAAAAUAUGGAAGAACAAAAUGCCGAACCGGAGCCUCAAAUGCCUAAAAGGACGCUUGCCCAUAUCAAAAAUAAGCAGCGGAGACAAGAAUUAUUCAGAAAGAUGCAGAUUGAGAAGCGGAAGGAAAAACUGAAGGAAAAGAAAAAGAAGAAGAGGGAAGAUGAGAAAGCAGGUGACAAGGCACCGCCCAAGAAGGUUCCCAAGACGAUUGAAAACAUGAGAGUGUUUGAUGAGACCAUGGUAAACCCAGAAGAUGAAGAGGUAACCUAUGAUGAAGCGACAGAUGAAAUGGCUCCAUACUUCAACCGAGAAACAAUGCCUAAGGUUCUCAUCACCACUUCAGAUAAAGCUGCAUGGACUACCAGGAGAUUAUGUAAGGAGCUGAGUAGCUGUAUACCUAAUUCAGAAGUGCACCAUCGAAGACAUCUACCGCUGAAGAGAAUCAUCAAGAGGGCACAGGAGAAAGAUUUCACAGAUCUCAUCGUCAUCAACAAUGACAGGGGCAAAGCCAAUGGUUUGGUGAUGAGUCAUUUUCCUGAUGGACCUACCUGUCAUUUUAAGCUGUCCAACGUCAAACUCAGACAAGAUAUAAAGCGUUGUGGAAAGCCGACAGAUCAUCAACCAGAACUGAUCCUUAAUAACUUCAACACGCGCCUUGGUCAUACCGUUGGCCGACAGAUCGCUGCCCUCUUUCCUCAUGAUCCAAACUUUGUUGGACGAAGGGUCGUUACUUUCCAUAAUCAGAGAGAUUUUAUAUUCUUCAGACAUCACAGAUAUGUUUUCAAAGACAACAAGAAAGUAGGCUUACAAGAGCUAGGUCCUCGGUUCACUCUCAAGCUUAGAUCAGUACAGAAAGGAACGUUUGACUCCAAGUUUGGUGAAUAUGAAUGGGUGCAUAAGAGGCACGAAAUGGACACAAGCAGGAGGAAAUUCCAUCUUUGAUGAGUAUCUUAUCUCUAUCUCACGUUUUACAUGAAUGCAUUAAAUUACUAUUGACAUUAUAAAGUUAUAUCCCCAUGUUCUGACAUCCAUAUUAACUUAGGCCAUGGUCUCAAGCCCAGCAAACAUUAUACGAUUCGCUUGCGAUCCAAUUCUGUGAAACUUUGUAAUAUCAUUUGAUAUGAACAUUCCAACCUGUAAGAUCUUAACAAUCAAAGUUCGGAAUAGUAGUAUGAAUAUUAAAAUCAGACUUCCAGUCUAUUGCUAGCCUUGCUGAAUGACUAAAAUCAAAUGAAAUUCUAAAUCAUAUUGAUAUAAUAGCAAGCUAGUCAUCAGCUUACCCUUUUUGUAGGUGAUGUGGACCACUCUAACCACAAGGCUUGCAGUAAAACAGAAUUUUGAUUUUGAUAUUCUUAACUUUGUUCCAAACUUCAAAUUAGAUGAAUUUACCUGUUCGACUUACAUUCUUAUAAAUUCAAAGUUUGUUAGAGGAAUCAGGUCACAGUUAGAUUGGAAAGUGUGGGGCAGGCUUAAUCACUAAGGAGAUAAUAAUGAUAAUAAUAACAGUCAGUUCUUGUAAAGCGCAUAACACAUUAUGAAUAACGUCUCUAUGCGCUUCCAAAGGACUUGGAUAUUGAUGAAUAUCAGAUUUACCCAACUCAAUCACACUUCAUUUCAAGCCAAUCAAAGAAAAGCAAGAAUAUUUUUGUUUUGUCCAAUCUUGAUUUUGGUCAGUUUUUAAUCGAUUUUAGGAAUUUGUGCUAGGAAUUCAAGGAUAUAAAUUACUUACAAAUUGGGCUUCCGUAUAAGCAAUGAUUUCUGAUGUUUAAAUCAUUAUGACCAGAAGGAUUUGAGCCAUUCUUAUACUCUCGAUUUUAUGAUUGAAGUGUUCACAACACAUCCACAACAGAAGACAACAGAGAUUCUGAUAUUAGAUUACUCACUCCCAAAUGGAGUUAAAUAUAACUACAUUUUAUUUAUAUGAAUGUUAUCAAUAUGUGCUUAUACAUGUGCAUGGUAUAGGUGUUGAAUAUUAUGUUAAAAUAGACAAUAUACAAAAACAUUCUAUUUAAUGAUUAAAAAACAUUAAAAGUUACAUGAUUUAAUGGUAAUCUUACUGUUAUGUAUAAGGCCCAAGUACAGUAUGAUAAAAAACAAUCUUAAAAUAAUGUGCCUUCACAAAGUUAUAUUUGUGAUUAAAAAAAGGAUCUUUUGUCAUUUUACAAGCAAGCAAAACAUUGUGAAAUAAUGAAAAGGAUUGAAAACAGAUUUUGCUGAAAAUUGCCAACAAAGAUAGGCAUACAUUGACUUGAUUAUGAUUUGGGAUAUUGAGUAAUUAAUUUUAUUGUCACCACUCUGGAAUAUUUACCUCAAAAUUGUCAUGAUCAUCUCCUGAUCAUGCUCAUUUUUUUUAAAUUUCUGAAUAAUUACUCAUUUUCAACUAGAAUCACUGAGCACAAUAUUCUAUUGAUACAUACAAACAUUUGGUAGACAUUUGGGCAAUUCCAUAAUACGUCUGACCCCCCAUAUGUGGAACCUUCAUGAAAAUUUCUGUCUCUGAUUUAUUGUUCUUUUGACAGUCUGCAAUGCUCUCAAAUGACCAUGACUUGUUCAGUUUAUGAAGUGAAGUAAAACUGAAGAAAAAUGGGGGUCAGACGCACAAAGGUUGAUUAUUUCAUGGAAGUGCCCAUUUUGUUAAAAUUGUAUGAGACAUCAAUUUCGUGGUCGAUACUACCACUGUAUCUUGUGGAGUAUUUGGCGGGAUAUAUGAAGCAUUAUUGUGUUCCAAGUUGAUAUGGUUGAUAUUAAAGUUGUAGUCACCCCCUGUAAA